CUUGUCUGUGAAUGUAAAGAAAGGUUUUAGUGAUAGUGAAAUAUGGCGUAUUUUGCUCUUAUUCAGUUCGAGCUAUGGGAUGAACAUGAUGUAGAGAGAUGGCUUAAAGGCUUGGAUGAUGCUGUACACGACUACAUUCCCAACUUUGUGCUGGAGAGAGUAGAUGGUCGCAAACUACUCAUGAUUAGUCAUUCUGAUUUGGAUAAACUUGGUGUUACAAAACUGGGGCAUCAAGAACUUAUAUUAGAGGGAGUGGAUCUUCUAAAAUCUUUGCGCUACACAUUUGAAACAGAAAAUCUUCAGCAUUUGGCUCUUCAGCUAGGUUGUAAAGCUAGGAGUCUACAUAAGGAGAUCCUUGCCCGUAAUGGUGAAAAUGAUCCCAAUCGAGCUAAUGUCCAACCUGUCAGACAUAGGCGUCAACUAUCAAUAUCUGUACUUUCUGGUGUUUGUGAUAUCAUGUGCACUUUGAAGAAUUUGACCUCUUGGCUAGACAGGGCUCCUUUUGAAACGAUCCAUGGAAUUACUUUAUUGCGAAAUUCAUUAGUUAAACUGGGCUUGGAGCUUGUAACAGUGGCACAGAAAGAAUCUGAUAUAACAGAGGUUGAAAAAAAAAUUUGUGAGCAGUGCCAGUGUAUGACUGAAUAUUGUGAUGAACUAGUUCUCAAUAUGAAGGAAUCUUUAGUUGUGCAGCCUGCAGCAUUGGAAAUGGCUACGAUAAGAAAAAAACAAGGAGAUGAAUUGGGUAUGAACAUUCAGUCCUCAUAUUAUGGAUGCCAUAUCAUAGGUCUUAUUAAAGACACUUCCCCAGCUCAUCUUUGCAGUAAGAUUGAGAAAGGAGAUGAAGUUCUUCAAGUGAACAAUCAAACAGUUCUGGGUUGGCAACUUGCUAAAUUAGUUGCAGCACUAAAGGAAAAACCUAAGGAAGUUACCAUGCUUUUAAAGAAACGCCCUAGACACACUACACCAUAUGGCAAUUAUCCUAACAGAAAACAAAUUGCAAACAGGCAUGUUCCCUCUGUAGCCACACUGCCUAAGAUGAUGAAAAAACGAAGAUCAAAAGAUGGAGAGAAAGCACAAAGACCAACUUUAGAGGAAUAUGUUUCUUCAUCUAUACCUGUAGAAGAUAUUUAUAUCACAAAAGAAUCUCCAGAAGAUAUCAUUGAUGGGAACGACACUGAUAACGAUGUGUUUAGGAGCGGAUCUGAGUCUCCACAGUUCACCUUGCCUGUAAUUGUAGAUGCCAAGCAGCGUCGAGCCACCGUGAGUGGUGGCUCCCCCACAUUUGAGCGCCCAUCUCUAGUGGUUGAGGACCUUGACCCAGCACCUAUACGACCUAAGUCACAAGCCAUAAUCCCUGUUGAGUCAGCCCCAACUUUAUCAUUCUCCACUGAGAAUUCACUGUUCAAGAAGGUGGUCAAACACAACAGUGAGAAGUCAAGAGAGAAAGAGAAGAAGCAAAGGCUUGUUGAACUUGAUGGUUCAUGUUUAACAAAAGUUGGACACACGCUGCAUGUCCUGGAAAAUGUGCUCAAUUUGGAUACUGAUGAUUUAGAUGUUGAAAGUGUGAACUCAAUUACUGAUACAAAAAUUGAAAAUUUACCAGUUCACCAGGACAACUUAAUCAAUCAAAAUAAUAGCCAAAAUCUCUUGAAUAGUGAAGGAGUUCAUCAGAAACUAGAAGUAGCUUUAACUGAGAUCACCAGCGCACAAGAGGAUAUACAAGACACCCACACACAAGAGGAGGAACUAGAGAUUCCCACACAAGGGGAAGAACAAAGCACCCUCAUACAAGGGGAGGAACUAAGCACCCACAUACAAGGGGAGGAACUAAGCACCCACGCACAAGGAGAAGAACAAAGUACAAACACACAGGGGGAAGAACAAGAGAUACGAUUACUAGAGGAAUCACAAGAAACCAACCCACAGGAGGAAAUACUCAAGUCCCAGACACAGGAAAAAGUACAAGAGUUUACUGUCAACAAACCGACUCCUGUAUUGAGAGACAGCGCUGCUUGGAACAGACAACAAAAAAUAAUCAGCACUGAAAUAGCAGGCAAUGCACAGCGGGGUGAUUUACCACAGCUUGUGAGAAUCAAACGUCUGGACUCCACACAAAUCAAUGAACUGGAAUCAAAUAUGGCAGAGGUUGAAGUGUCUGAUAAACCCACUAAACAUGUUGGCUUUGUAGAUGACCAUGCGUAUCGCAAUGUAGUAAUAGGUGGUGUGAUACACAAAAUACCGGUUGAUAAACCCAUCACAAGUUCACCACCAGUAAAGUUGAGAACUAAACCUCCCCCAUCAAAGAGAAAACUAGACAGGCGCGUGUCUUGUAAAGAUUUAGGUAAAGGAGACUGUGAAGGCUGGUUGUACAAGAGGAAACAGAAAUCUGGCACACUCUCAAAACGAUGGGAUAAACGAUGGUGUGUCCUGAAAAUGAACAAUUUGUUCUAUUACAAGAAUAAAGAUGAUGAAAAAGCAGAAGGUGUUAUCCACCUCCCUGCUUUUCAAGUGUCUCCUGCAAACAAUUUGAAGACGAAGAAAUUUGCUUUCAACAUUCACAAUACUGGGACCACUUUUUCUUUUGCAUCAGAAAGACAAGAUGAUAUGAGCAAGUGGAUGAACAAAUUGGGUCUCGCCUCAAUCAGUUAUAAAGAAACUGAACUACCCAAAGAUGAAGCAGACCAUACUCCUUUACCAACGGAACAAAAAAGUGCAUUUUAUAGUGAAAGUGAAGAUGAUGAUGAUAAUCUAAGUUCUUGGCAGGGAAGUUUACAGUCUUUGGCUAGCAUUUCAUCUGCUGGUAGCAGUAUAUCUCCUCAGACGUCUCCUGCACAUAAGAGACACAAUCUUCAAGUUAUCAAAACAACAGUAGGUGCAAGCACAGAGGAACUGCAUUCCAUGUUGAGAACCAUUGAGAACAAUGACCUGACCAUUGAUGGUAAGGACAAAAUAAAACAGAGACAAAGUCAGUGCAUGCCCUUGUCCAACCUAGCUGUUGUUUGUCCUGUGGAGGUAGAAAGUUUAAGAAAGUUGCACUCUUUACAAAGAACACUGAAGGCCAAAGAACUGGAGCUCCAGCAAAUUGAAUCAUUGAUGAACAAGCCUAACAUUUCCCCCGCUGAACUGCGAGAGUUCCUGAAGUUACAUGAUACCCACCUCGCGUAACAAGCUAAUAUUAGAAUGUUGAGUUUAAUUAAAGUAAAUACGUCAUGCUAGUCAGUGUUUAUAUGUGUAUAAUUUAAAUAAGUUAAACGUGAGCCUGUAGAAUGCCAAGUGUUAAUUUACUUAGUAGUAAUUUGUUUUCAAAAUGUACACAUGUGUAAAUACCUUCAUUGAUUAGUUAUGUUUUAGUUGGUAAGAAGAAAAAAAUGGUAGAAAUAGAUUGUAUUCUGUUACUUUUUUCUUAUAUUUAGUGGUAAAGAAAAAGAAAAUUUAUGCUUGUCAGAUUAAAAAGCUUUAUCUAAUUUGUAGAAUUCUGAGCUUCAGUCAUAUAAAUACUGUGAUGUAGAGUAGCGGCCCCAUGUGUCCUGUGCACGGUAGGGAAAAGAUGAUGCUGUAGAGCAUAUUGCUACCAACUGCUGUUAACUGUGUUAAGAGUAGGCCUAUUUGUGAUAUGAUACAUGUUGAGUUUGUGCAUGUGAUAUGUAUUUGUAAAGCUUGAAGUUGUUUGCUAGUUACCUAUGUUAUGUAAUUCAUAAUUGUCAGUAAUCUUAUGGUUUUAUUGCUAUUUGAUGUUGUUAUUGCAUAUAAUUACUCUCCACAAACCAAAGAGCUUUGUCUGAGGUCUAAAGUAAAUUAUUUUAUUGAUGCUAAUGCAUACAAUUCUCUUGCUUUUAGAAAUACUUAAAUAGUAUAAUUUUUUAAGAAACUUGCCAUAAAAUGCCUGUAACAAUUAAUAUUCUCUUGCUAGGUCUUCUAGGUAGGUUUAAUUAACUUCUAAUCUUUACAAGUUUAAAAAAUGUGGUUUUAUAUACAUAUGUAUAUAUGAUUUAGAAUUGUUGACUUAUUUGUGAGAAAUGUGUAAACCAACUAACUGCAACAUGGAUUCUCGUACUCUCAAAUCUUGUGUGUUGUAAAGAUUUUUGUUUCUAAAAUAGGGACUAAUUUUUUUGUGUGUAUAGUAAGGAUUUUGAUGGUUUUUUUUGUAUCAAUAUUAAGUUCUAAUGCUCUGUUUGAGUGCAAUAAACCAUUUUCAGAGAUU